GCUAUUUGUCAGUUGUGAUCAAGCAACUGGUGAAUUAAGUCGCUUUUCGUUUUGAUUUACUUAAAUUGUUUUUGAUUUUGUGUUUGAAUUGCGGUGCUUCGCAUAAACAAACAAAAUAUCCACAACAAGCACUUAUCAUACAUUUUUUGAUAUGUUUUUUCGUAAAAAUUAUUUAAUUUUUUCGGUUGUUUCCGUUUGCAUAAUCUACAGUCAUGCAUUUGACAUCGAAAAAGAUUUAGUGUUUCGACUAUAUACACGCGAAGACCCGGUUAUGUAUUUUGCAUUGAAAACCAGUGGAACACCAACAAUUUCCGAAACACCGUUCAACCCAAAUCGAUUGACGCGUAUAUUUGUUCAUGGAUUUCGAAGUAAAGAAAAAGUGAUUAAACGAUACACAGAAGCCUAUUUGGGAGUCGGUGACUAUAACCUUAUCGCUGUUGAUUGGAUUGAAGGAGCCUCUACUUUUAAUUACUAUUCGGCAAAAAAUCGAGUUCGACCUAUUGCUGAGAGGUUGGCACAAUUAAUCGAUCAUCUUGUUGCACAUGGAAUGAAAUUGCAAGAUGUCACAAUGAUCGGGCACAGUUUGGGUGCACAUAUCGCUGGUCGAGCUGCCAAGCAACUUAAGUCGGAGGGAAAAAUAGCAAAUAUAAUUGGCCUCGAUCCAGCGUCUGUUGGAUUCAAUUUCUUCGAAAGAAAUAAGAGAUUAUCCGACUCGGAUGCUGACUACGUGCAAAUAAUUCACACUGACGGCGAUAAAUUCGGUUUCGCUAAUCCGCUUGGCCAUGCCGAUUUUUAUCCAAAUGGUGGAAAGCAACAGCCAGGCUGUCCAUUAAGAAAUCGUCUGACAAAUCUUAUCGAAAAAUGUUCACACGUUCGAUCGCAUCAUUUGUUCUUGGAGAGUUUGACAAACAAUUUUACUGCCAUACAGUGUGUAUCAUACGAAGAAAUUAAAGACAAUCGAUGCACAUUCAACAAUGUCGUAGCAGUUAUGGGUGGUGACAUUACACAAAACUCAACGAAGGCAUACGGAAUAUUUUAUUUAGAAACAAAAUUCUCACCGCCAUACAUCAUUCCAGACUACAGAAACUUCAAUAACAUUGAAUUCAUUACCUAUCAACCACAAUCGAACUUUAAUAUCGUUUUGUUUCUCCCGCCCAAAAUGCAUGCAAGUGCAACAACGACAGUUCAUUCUCUGAUCAUUUGUCUAUGUUUUUUUGUAUUCAUUGUGUCCAAAUGUAAUGCAUUCGAUGCAAACGAAGAUGUAAUAUUUAAAUUGUACAAACGUGAUAGUCCGACAAAAUUCACCGUUUUACGAAUAAAUAGUGAUCAUUCAAUUUCGAAUGAUACAUUAUUUGAUCCGGAACUCCCAACUCGUAUUCAUAUCCAUGGAUUCUUGGCCAAAGAGGAAAUUAUCGAUCGCUAUCGCGAAGUCUAUCUAAGCGUUGGUGAUUACAAUUUCAUUGUGGUUGACUGGAUGGAGGGUGCUUUUACGCUCAACUAUUUUAUGGCAAAGGCACGAGUGAAAGAUGUGUCCGAGAAAUUGGCUGAAUUAAUUGAAGCCCUAGUUGAUUUUGGAAUGGAUUUAAAAGAUUUAACACUUAUUGGACAUAGCUUGGGUGCCCAUGUAGCAGGAAUAGCUGCAAAAACAAUGAACUCAACUGAGAAAAUCGGCAUUAUAAUUGGGCUGGAUCCAGCAUCAGUUGGUUUUAAUUUUGCCGAAAAGGAUAAGCGAUUGUCUGAAACGGAUGCGGACUAUGUACAGAUCAUACAUACCGAUAUAACGAAAUUCGGAAUGGGCAAACCCAUGGGACACGCUGAUAUAUACCCGAACAGUGGCAAACUUCAACCGGGCUGUAAGAAACGCAACAUAAUAACCACGCUGUUUGAUAAGUGUUCACAUCAUCGUUCACACGAACUAUUUUGGGAAACGUUGAAAACGAAUUUCACAGCAAUCAAAUGUGCGUCGUUCGAAGAGAUUAUGCAAAAUCGAUGCACAUUCAACAACGUCACAACGAUUAUGGGCGGCGACGACAUCAUAUCAAACAUCACAGAAAGACCAAAUGGCAUUUUUUAUUUAGAAACACAUAACAGUUCACCAUUCGUAAUAACUGAUUACAAAUUAUUCAAAAACAUUCAGAUCACUUAUGAGGAAAAUCAUUAUAAUCAAACAUUGAUUUGAAAAUUUAAGUUUUUUU